GGUUCAAACAGCGGCGCGAAACCAAAAUAUGUAGCGUUAGCCUUUGAAAGUAUUUAUCGUCAAUAAUUAAUUAGUUUUAUGCACGGAGAGAAAACCUGUAGAUCCCAUCAACACCAAAAGACAUACAUCAUUUAAGCUGUAGAUUGAUCUACGCUGCAGCGUGAGUAGAAGUAGAAAAAAAAAAGUUUACGCGGAGCUGCAACUAGCUAACGAUAGUACGAAAAGCAAGGUAAAACUUCAUUUGUGCAGUAAAUUAGCGUGUGUAAUUAUGAAACCACUGAGAGGAUCCAAUCGGAAUGCAUCGAAAGCACCAAACAGCAAGGCUAAAGACAAGAAGCCAAAUGCUGAGAAAAAGAGAAAGAAGGAAGUAAACAAACUGCAGGACACUGAGAAUGAAGACGAGAAUGGUAAAACAACUCAACUUAAAACAUCACGAAAGAGAAAAGCUGAGUCCCAUUCACAACCAUCAAAAAUAAAGGAACAGAAGAAAAGGAGGCAGAUGUCUGUAUCCUCUGUAGCAGAUUUGGAGAAAAUCAUGGAUCUUUCAAUAUUAGCAACCCUUGCUGGGAAGUGGGCAGAGAAGAAAGAGGUUCAGGAACACCUAAAUGUUGUAAAAAAGAGAUUUCUUGACCACUGUUCAACACUUAAAGUCCCCGGUCACAAACAGAAAUCUGAAUGUGCAAUUCAUCGUAUUCAGGAAGAAACCAAGAAAUUAGGAUCUGAGAAACAAACUCUGGACUCCUUAGAAGAGAAUCUGACGGCUGUGGUGAGUGCGUUGGAGAAGAAUGAACAGGAGAUGAACUCUCUUGAGCACCAGUGCAGUGUCCUGAGGAACCGACUGCAGGAUCAGGAGGAAGAAGCUGAAGAGGUCCUGACCACUAUGUACCACUAUAUACCCCCCUUUAGUUCUAUCUCAUUACAUGGAUGACAUGGGGUUCGGGGCCCUUUGCUAAGGGCUGUCCGGUCAGACCUGUUCCCAGUGCAUUUUGAACUCCGUCAGGGGCUGCGUUUUGUCACAGAAUUUCUAGGUGCAGUUUGGGGACCACAGGAUCU